ACUGGACACUUUGGCAAAUCAUGUUCAUGGAUUUCCUUGUGCUGUGAAUUGUGAUAAUUCAGUUUAUCGAAUAAGUUAUUUAAAAUAUUAGUGUAAUUAUACCGUCUCAAGUUUUUUAUUAUGGCAGACCAAAAUCAGACUGGAGAAAAUGGUCCACCGAAAGGACUUCCCGCCCUGAAGGCCCACAUCAUAGCCAACAAAAUAGAUGUGGCGUUAUGGAGCAUCAGAAUACUGACUGUGCUGUGUACUAUUGGCUAUGUGUUUCCUCUCUUCAACAACCCCGUGUCAGCGUUCCACAAAGCGGUGUUGGGUAAUGCCGCGAUAUCCGCGCUGCGGCUUCACCAGCGCAUCCCAGCCAGGGAAAUCUCCAUAUCCAGGGAGUUCCUCAAUCGCUUCUUCCUUGAGGACAGCGCCCACUACCUCUUCUACUCCAUCAUAUUCAUGAACACAGCGCCUAAUCUAUUAAUCUUGAUACCAAUAUUUUUGUUUGCUCUACUUCACGCGGCUUCGUACUCGCUGACGAUUCUUGAUACGCUCGGCCAGAACUCGAUGUGGGUGGCGCGGCUGCUGAUCUCGCUGGUGGAGUUCCAGUCCCGCACCAUCCUGCGCGUCGCCGCGCUCGCCGAGAUCGUGCUCUUCCCCGUCGUAGUCAUCAUGGCGCUCUUCGGAUACUGCGGUCUGAUGACGCCGUUCGUGUACUACUACUUCGUGACGUGGCGGUACACGUCGCGUCGCAACCCCUACACCCGCAACACGUUCCGCGAGCUGCGCGCACUCGCCGAGCGCACGGCGGAGCGACCCGCGCUGGCGUUCGCGCGCCCCGCCAUCCACGGCGCAGUGGCGCUCGUGUGCCGACUCGCGCCGCCGGCCGAGCCGCAACCGCAAUAACCUUCGAGACUGUUCCAAGCAGGUGGAGGAGUAACAUCAUGUGUUGCAUGUAUAUUACACGCGUUCCAAAUGAUGCAGUAUGUACACAUUCAUGUGAAAGUACACCAUGUGGGACAAUAAAUUAGACAAUUUUUUAUUAGACCACACAAUUUUGUAUAGGUACCGUAAUGAUGUUUAUUUAUUUUAAUGUUACAUAGUAAACUGAUAAAAACUGUACAUUGCGUCCCAUUUUACAUCUCGAGUUUCGUAGAAUUUACAUAUAGUAAUUAUUAUAGUCACAAAUAAGCACCUUUUACAUGACUAUUAAUCUUUAUAUGCCUUGGUUGUAUCUUUUAGUAUUAUGGGUUGUUUAUGGUUCUUCAUGUAGGUAAUUUAAGUUUAUAGAAGUGAAGAUUUUUGGUCCAAUUUAUGUUAGAAAAAAUAGUGGUUGCUAGAUGUAAUAUAGCUUGUAACAGAAAUAAUUGCAUUUAAUGAUGCAUAUUAACCCUAAAAAUGUUAUUUCAGCUUUUUUUAUACAAUAAUUAUGUAAGUUUUUGAAAAGGGUUAUUCUAAGCACCAAUGAAUGUCUACUUUGAGAUCAGCAAAGACGAAUCGUAUUGAAAUUAAUGUCACAUAAAGUUGUUUGUUGUAUUGUUUGGUUGUUACGAGGUUGUUUAAUUUUUAGUUUAUAAUUUGAUGCAAUAUGUAAUCGAUCAAAAUAAUAUCAUAAAAAUAUAUACCUAAAAUAGUCCAUUUCUAUACAUUUUACACAUACAAUUAUUGAGACCUUUUUAAUGAACUGUUUUACAUGAAAGCAAGAAAGAAAGAAAAACUAGAUAAGACUAAUAAUAAUAAUCAAUCAGUGCAUAUAUCGGCACAGCGGUAUGUUUUUGUAUAAAAUUGUACCUGCAUUUUGCACAUGGUUUGGGAUGAAUGUAGCCUGGAUUUGCAAUAAAUAUAUGGAACCUU